AUGACAGCUAAAGAUAAUUUUAUUCAAUCACCUUUACUUGAUGGUAAUGGUCAACAACCAACAGAAUCGUCUGAUACAAACGAAUUACAACAACAACAAUUACCACCUGAUUAUAUUAGUUCAACAAUACAGGAGAAUGAACCAUCUGAUGAUGUUGAUGAUGAACAAUCAUCAAUGCAAAUAGAUGAUAAUAGUAUAUAUGAUGAAAAUGGUCAAAUUAAAUUUCCAUUAAAUGAUUUAAUUAAACUUGAAGAACAAUUAAAUCAAACAAGAUGGGUCGUACCUGUUUUACCUGAUGGUGAAUUAAUUAAAUGUUUACGAGCUGCUGUUCGUCUUGCUGCACAUAAAUUAGAUACAAAAAGUGAUUCAUGUCAACGAUUUAUUCGAGAUAGUCUUGUAAAUUCUUUUACUAAAGUUCUUUGUGAUGAAGCUGUACAAACAUGGAAACAUGAAAUAUUUACAUAUAUUUAUCAAAAUUGUAUGGUUUUUAUUGAAUUAUGUGUACUUAAAAUAGAAGAUGAUUGUUUACCACUACUUGAAAUUCUUGGUUUAUUAAUGAAUCCUUCUUGCCGAUAUCAUCAAUCAAACCAUAGUCGUUUAAGUGAUUUACAAUUAGCAGCUGAUAAGGAAAUAUUUGCUUCAUCAAAUGAAUUUCGUCUACCACAACGAGGUUGGUUAAUUGAUUUUAUAAAUCGAUUUGGAGAUUUAGGUGGGUUUGAUAAAAUUUUAACACGAUUUUUAUCAUCGGAAACAAAAUUAACCAUAUCUGUCGUUGUUGCUUUACUUAAACCUUGGGGCCUUUGCUAUGAAUAUUUAACACAAACAACUGUUAAAAAAUAUUUUGCACCAAUCAUCGAAUUUGUUCCGAAAUUUCUUGAUAAAUUAACAGAAAAUGAUCUGAAAGUUGAAACUAAAACUGAACCAAAAAGUGAUACAUUAUCAACAGUUAUUAGAUGGUUACGUUAUUUGGCUUCACGUAUACCAGACAAUGAAAAAGAAUGUCGCAAUUUAGAUGCACUUAGACUUAAAAUGAUUCUAAGAAUUCUUCAAACUAAUUCUUUCAGUGGUAAAAUGAAUGCUCUUAAUGAAGUAAACAAAUUAAUCAUGAGUCUUAAUACAAUCCAACGUUCACCAUUAAAUCGAUCAGACGAACCCGAAAGUUUAACAGCUGAGAAAUUAAUCCAAUGGAUACAAGAAAAUCAAGUACUUGAUAUUGUUUUACGUGAUUGUUUACAUCAACCACAAUAUGUUGAAAAAUUAGAAAAAAUUCUUCGUUUUAUUAUAAAAGAACAAGCAUUAAGUCGAAUAGAUUUAGAUAAAAUAUGGAAUUCAUCAUAUGGAAAACAUGAAGCUAUUGAAAAAAAUGUUCAUGAUUUACUUGCAAAAUUAGCAUGGGACUUUUCACCUGAACAACUUGAACAUUUAUUUGAUUGUUUUCGAGAAAGUUGGACUAAAGCAAGUAAGAAACAACAAGAAAAAUUACUUGAAUUAAUUCGUCGAUUAGCUGAAGAUGAUAAAGAAGGUUUAAUGGCAAAUAAAGUUCUUGAAUUAUUAUGGAAUAUAGCACAUGAUAAACAUUUACCUAAUGAAAUAAUUGAUCAAGCAUUAACAGCACAUUUAAAAAUACUUGAUUAUAGUUGUUUACAAGAAAAAGAAAAAACAAAAUUAUUAUGGCUUGAUAAAUUUAUGGAUGAAGUUAAACAUGAUCGUGGUCAUGUUAUUAUUUCAUUAAAACAAUUAAAAGAGAUAUGCAUGCAAUUCCAUGAGGGUGUUUUUGCACAAAACAUUCCACGUAUGCCCGGUCCACAGAAUCGUACUGGUGUUAUUGAUAUAUUAGAAAAAAAAUAUGAAUUAACUCGUGUUGUUACAGAAAAUCUUUGUCAAUAUAUGGAAAGUGCGAGAAAACAUAAAGAAGAAACUAAAUCAAAUAUAUUACCAGAAGAAUAUUAUUCAGAUGGUCGGUUUAAUCACAAUCAACAAAUUCAUGAACGAUUAAAUUUUCUCAAAUUUACUUUAAAAGAAGGACGAAUGUAUUUAUCUGCUGAACAUUCAAAAACAAUUUGGAUAUGUUUAGCUGAAGAAGCUGUUUUUCCAAAUGAUCGUGAACAAUGUUUUCGUUGGUUUGCUGAAAUUAUUGAUGAAGAUGAUUUUGAACCUAAAGCAGCAAAAGAUUUUAUUCAAAGUCAUUUAAUGAAACUUGAACCUCAUCUUCUAACAGAUCUUGGCAUGAAUUGUUUCGAUCGUUUUUUUAAAUCAGUCAAUGCUCAAUUAAAUAAAUUACAACAAAAACGUCGUUCAAUACGUUUAAUGAAUGAUGAAGAUCUUGUUGGUAUUGAAUAUUUAUGGAAAUUAAUUUUAAAUGGUUCAGAUGAAGUUGCUGAUCGUGGUAUACAAUUAAUGAGAGAAAUAUAUACUAAUAUAAGUCCACAAUUAAAAACUGAUGUUAAACGUAUACAUGAAUCAUUUAUAAGUGAUUGUUUUGAACGUUUACGUCCUGUUUAUGAUAGUGUUAAAUUAAUGUAUUCACAUCAAGAUUCUAAACAAGCAUAUCAACAUAAACUUAAUUCAUUAAUACGAAUAUUAAUUGUACUUCGAGAAUAUUUAGCUGAAUGUGAUAAUUCAUAUCAUAAAGAACGAUCAUUUUUACCGAUGUCAAGAGCAUUUCGAGGUCGAUCAAUGAUAUUAAUUAUACGUGUAAAUACAGGUCAAAAUCGAACAGAUGAUUUUGAACAUGGAUUUCAUUCAAAUGAUACAUGGGGACAUAUUCGAAGAUUUAUUCAUAAUCGAUAUAAAUCUUCUUAUGGUAUUAUUGAAUUAUAUCGUAAUAAUGAAAUAAUCUAUGCAACUGAUGAUAAUAAAACAUUAGGACAAACUGAUGAUCGAGAUAGAAUUUCGGUUACAGCACGAUGGGUUCAACAUCAAACUCAUGGUGGUUCAAGUGGUGAGAGUAGUUCGUCUGAAUCAGAAAUGAAUAAUAAUAAUAAUAAUUCUUUAACAUCAUCUCAUCAUAAUCGAAGUCUGGAUUAUAUUGAUAUGAAUGCAGAAACUUCUUUGCCAUCUGUGAUAUUAUCUCAAAGUCAUGAAUAUUAUCAAUUUCUUAUCGAUAUUGCUGAUUUGGCUUGUAAAGAAGGUAAUACUCGUCUUCGCGAUACUGCUCGUCAAAUUCUUGAUUUAAUUCCACUUGAUUUAUAUUCAACAAAAACGUUGAAUGGUUGUUUUACAUUAUUAACAGCAAAUAAUGAACAACCAAGUGCUGAAGAAUGUUUAAAUCGUUUAAAUAAUUUUUAUUUUAAUGUUUCACCAUCACACAUGCUUUAUAAUCUUAAAGCAACAUUAAUUAAUUUUUUACCAGCACAUAUACAUCAAAUAUGUUUACAAAAUAAUAAUAAUGUUGAAGGUUUACAUGUACGAUUUUUAAAUGCUGGUGGUUUAUCAUGUUUAUUAAAUAUUUUAAGUGAAAAACAUUAUACUGAUCAAUGUGAUAUAUCAACAAGAAAAUCAAUUUAUUUUAUUGUACUUUAUCUUCUUAAACGUCUUUUAAUAAUACUUGCUAUAUAUCAAUUACGUUUAACAAAUUCAAAUAAUUCAUCACCAUUUAAUGAAUCAUUAGAACAAAUAUUAAGUAUAACACCAACAAUACCAUUACCUAUAAUGAAUGUUGUUGGUGAACAACAACAUGUAUCAAUGUCAGUUGAACAAAAAAUAGCAGCUACAUUAAUAGCACAUCGAAGUGAUUAUCCUAUAUCAAAAAAUUCUUUAAUACAAUAUAAUCAUAUUAGAGAAUUAAUACGUCUUAUUUGGUGUUUAGCAUCAGAUUCAAAACAAAAUUCAUUUGAAAAAAAUUUAAAAAAUGAUUUUCUUGUUAUACAUCAGACAUUUAAACAGGAAAAUCUCAAUUCAAAUGAUAUUUCUAUUAUAAAUGAUGAUAAUGAAGAAGAUGAUGAAAGUCAAUUAGCAUGUCGUGAAGGACUAGAAUUAUUAUCUAUAUCUUUAGCACUUGUAUCAUCAAGUGUUGAAAAUUUAUUAAAAGAAAACUUUUUUGAAUAUUUUUUUAUUGAUUUAAUACUUUAUUGUCCAUAUCAAAUAAUUCGUCAUACAUCAUCGGAACAAAUUUUUUUAUUAACAUCACGUUGUUCACAAGGCCAAUGUGAAAAUUUAAUACAAUUUUUUCUUCAAAAACAAUUUCAAUUAUUAAAUAAAUCUUCAGAUAAUUUUAAAAAUUAUUCAUUACAAUCAUCAGAUUUUUUUCUUUUAUUAUGUCGUUUAUUAUCAUAUGCUUAUUCACGUAGUAUAUCACCACCGAAUAUAUCUCAACAAUUAAAUGAUGAAAUUUUAUAUUUAAAACAAAUAACAUUACCUGUUGAUGAUCAUUUACUUCGUGGACAUUUAAAUAUUGCUAAAGAAUUAUUACAAUUUCAAACAAGUGAACGUAAACGUUAUUAUGGUAUUGAUCAAUUACUUAUACAACAAAUUAUUGAACAAUAUCUUUUUCCAGUAUCAACAUUACUUUAUAAUUUUCGUUUGUUAAAACGAAAACGUCUUUCAAAACAAUCAAUUAAUAAUAAUGAAACUUCAAAUAAUAAUGAUGAAGAUAAUGAACUUGAUUUACUUAAAGAACCACCUGUUGCUAUUUGUCAAACACCUAUGUCAACAUUAGCUGCAUUUGAUUUAUUAGUUGUUUUAGGAACAAAUUGUAUUGAAAAUUUAAAAUUAAUUGAUAAAUAUAUUACUGAUCUAUUUUAUACAGUCCCCGAUUCUAGUCUGAAUGAAUGGGAUUUUGCUCCACUUGUUGGUCCACGUCCAAAUCGUGGUUUUGUUGGUUUAAAAAAUGGUGGAGCAACAUGUUAUAUGAAUUCUGUUCUUCAACAAUUAUUUAUGAUUCGAUCAUUACGUACAGCAUUAUUAUCAGUUAAAAUUCCACCAGGACAUGGUGAUGAUGAAACUGAUGAUGAUGAUCAACGUCGAGAUGCUUUUGAUUCAUUUUCUGAAGGAAAAUUCUUUCAUAAAGAUAAUUUUACAAUAACAUCACCAAAUAAACAACAAGAACAGAAUAAUAAUAAUAAUAAUAAUAAUAAUAAUAAUAAUAAUAAUAAUAAUAAUAUGGAUUUAUCACCAAAAGAUUCAACAAAUGAACGAAAUGAAUAUAAUAUACAAAUAUUUCGUCAUAUACAAUGGAUAUUUGGACAUUUACUUGAAUCCAAAUUACAAUAUUAUGUUCCAAGAGGUUUUUGGAAAAUAUUUAAAUUUUCUGGUGAACCGGUGAAUUUACGUGAUCAACAUGAUGCCGUAGAAUUUUUGAAUACAGUUGUUGAUAGUGUUGAUGAAGCAUUAAAAGCAUUAAAUUUACCACAAAUAUGUUCGAAAGUAUUAGGUGGAACAUUUGCUGAUCAAAAAAUUUGUAAAGAUUGUCCACAUAGAUAUUCACGUGAAGAAGAUUUUACAUUAUUAAGUGUUGAUAUUCGUCAUAGUCAAAAUUUAAAAGAAUCUCUUGAACAGUAUGUUAUAGGUGAAUUACUCGAUGGACCUAAUGCGUAUUUCUGUGAAAAAUGCAAUAAAAAAGUUGAUACGAUUAAACGAACUUGUUUUAAAAAACUACCACCUAUUCUUGCUAUUCAACUUAAACGAUUUGAUUAUGAUUGGGAACGUGAAACACCGAUUAAAUUUAAUGAUUAUUUCGAAUUUCCAAGAGAAUUGAAUAUGGAACCGUAUACAGUUCAAGGUCUUGCAAAAGCAGAAGGCAUGUCAGUUAUUGAUGAAAGUGCUGAUGAUGAUCUAAAAUCGACCAAUAGCAAUAAUAAUGGUGAUACUCGUUAUAAACUAGUAGGCAUUAUUGUACACAGUGGACAAGCGAAUGGUGGUCAUUAUUAUUCAUUUGUACAGAAUAAAGAAGAAUCAAAUUCUUUUGAUCCUCCACAUUGGUAUAAAUUUGAUGAUACAGACGUAAGUGAUUGUAAAAUGGAUGAAGAUGAAGAACUUCGAUCACAAUGUUUCGGUGGAGAUUAUCCAGCACAAUCAUUUGAUCAACCAGUUAUGAAACGACAACGUCGAUGGUGGAAUGCAUAUAUAUUAUUCUAUGAAAAAAUUUCUAAUAAUGAAUCAAAUUCAGAAAAUAGUCUUGAAAAAGAUUUAGCUAAAUUACAACUUUAUGAUCAAACACAACGUAUGCCAUUAUCUGUUCAACGUAGUGUUCGAAAACAAAAUAUAAAAUUUCUUCAUAAUCGAAUACAUUUUAGUCCUGAAUAUUUUCAUUUUAUGAAAAGACUUGUACAAAGCAAUGUACAAGUUAUUGUUACUUUCUAUCAACAACAACAACAACAACAUGGAGAUAAAAUCUCGUCUAAUAAUACAAUUGAAACUAUUGAAGAAUUAGCUUUAGUUAGUGUUCAAAUAGCUACGAAAUUUCUUUUUUCUGUUGGAUGGCGAACAAAAAAAGCUUUACGCGGUCCUGCAAAUGAUUGGACUGAAUUAAUGAUACAUUGUAUUCGAUGGUCACGAAAAGCACGAUAUUAUUUAGCUGAAGAAGUUUUAUUUAAACAUCCAAAUCGUUUUCAAGAAUAUCUGAUUGAUUGUACAUCAGCUGAAAUUCGUAAUGCAUUUGGUAAAAUGCUUGUUGCACUUGCUAGUCAUUCACGUCAAGAUGAACAAACAACGAAUAUUCCAACAGAUGACAUUAAAAAUUAUUUAACAGUUGAAGAAUCCAUACUCAAUCAUGUUUUACGUUUACUAAAAAAAGAAAUGCCUGAUAAUGUUAAAAUGCUUACACAAUAUUUUCAAUUUUUUGUCAAUUAUUCAUCAAUAGGUCGUCACGAAUGUGAACAAUUAAUACGUCUAAACGUUCCAAUAUUAUUUGUUAAUUUGGCUAAUGAUGAUAAUACAUCAUCUUGUUCAACAUUACCACGUUAUGGUGAACCAGCUAAAUUAUUUGUAAUACUUUCAACAUUAAUUCGUUGUUUUGAUGUUUCCAUGUAUUGUAAAGCACGACAAUCCGAUACAGAACUAUUACCAAAUCCAUAUUAUACAUAUGAUAAUGGUCCAAUAUGUUCAAUGCCACAACAAAUGGCUGAUAUAAUCUAUAAAAGAGAUAUAUUUUUAAAAAAAAUUAUUGAAGAUUCAGGUUCAUGUGAAGAAUCACUUCGUCUUCUUCGUUUUCUUCUAUGGGAAAAUCCUGAUAUAACAUCGAUCGUACUCAAUGAAAUAAUGACUUUACUUGCAAUGUAUCAUACAUAUGAUUUUCGUGGACAUCUUGAUGUACUUUAUAUGGUACUUACAAUUGAAGAUUCUUGGCAAGAAGUACGAUUAUUAUAUGCAAUAAAAAGUAUACCUAUGCCAAAUGUUAAUAAUUCAUCAGUAAUAACAACAACAACAACAACAAAUUGUGGAUACGAAUCAACUCCUCAAAGUUUAUUCGAUAUGUUUUCAAAAUCAAAAUCAACUUAUCAAAAGAAAGCAUAUCAUUGUAUUAAAACACUUGUACAAUUAUUUUCCAAUUGUCCAAAAGCUCAUCAUAUAUUAAAAACUGAUACAGAUAUAAAACAACGUUGGUCACAAGCUGUUCGUUGGUUACAUGAACAAUUAGAACGAACAUAUAAUAAUAUACCAUCAAAUUAUCCUUAUUAUCCAUCACAAGGACCAGUUACUAGCAAUGAUAUGUCACAAGGUUAUUUCAUUGAACGAACUCAAAGUGCUCGAUCAUUACUUGAUAAAGCUGUUGAAUUAUAUCCAGAAAUGGAAAAUGAAGAUGUUGGUUCAAAUAGUGAUGAUCUUGAAGAUGACGAACCAAUGGAAAAUAUAUCUUCUAAUGUUGUUAUAAAAAAUGUCGCUAGUAAUGUACCAUCAAAAAUGGCUCCAACACCACGACGACCUAAUUCCCCAUCGAUUGUUAAUAGUGGAUUAAAUCAACGAAUAUCACCAGCACCAACAACACCAAUGCAACAAAAUAAAACUAUGCAUCAUCAUCAACCACGGUCAUAA